CAUAACUUCGCCUCAGAGUCGAUCUUACGAUAUUAGGUUGUUGGCUUCAAUAAGCCAGUAAGCAUGGUUUCGAUUUGACAUUAGCAGAGACAUUUCUUCGACUUUGACUUUAACUUUGACUUAGGUACUUGGAUAUCUGGAUAUAUAAGUUGGAGGUGUUGCACACCUACCUAGGUAAGGAUUAGGUUAUUUUGUUUAACUCCUUCAAUCCACCUUAUCUGGCUUCCCCAGCUUUCCAAGCUUUCCAAGCUUUCCCGCACGGACAAAACCUACCUAAGGUACCAUUUAAAGUCUACGGAUUACCACCAUAAACUUUAAAGGCAGCUUCAUCAGCUCUCAGAUAAAUGUACGUCGCACAGCAUUUCCCAAGGUGACAUCUAGGUACCUCUCUUCCCCUUCCCCUUCCCCUUCCCCUUCCCCUUCCCCAUCCUCAUCCUCAUCCCCAACACACGAUUAAAUGAAUGGGACGACUAGGUAGGUAGUAUUUAAAGAAAGAGGUACAUCUUAAAUCCACAUCGUCUGACAUUUUUUUCAUCUCCCACCACCUGAUCUCUUCUCCAAGUCUUCAACUUUUUCACCCUUUCAUCUAACAUACACGACCCUUUUUACCUAAUACUCGAGGUUUAACUGGAUCUAAUCUCUUCAAUAGACAAGUAGAAGCACGAAAGAACUACAACUACAACAUGGCCGACUCCAGGAACAAGGGUGUCGAGCGGACCAAUGGAACCAGCUCAAGCCAAGCUGGCUUCCAACCACAGGUCAACAUGACGGUCGAGCGCCCCAGACAGGAGGACCUACAACAGAGUUAUGCGUCCAUCGUCGGUACUGAUGCUAACCCCAAGGGCUGGUAUGGAUCGAUGAUUAAUGCUAUCGGCUCUUGUAUGGGUACUCUCGGGGCUAUUCCCUGCAUCAUUUGCUGCCCUAAUCCCUAUAAGCAAGUCGGUCAAGGCAACGUCGGACUUGUCACCAAGUUCGGGAAAUUCUAUAAAGCUGUCGACCCUGGUCUUGUAAAGAUCAAUCCUCUCAGCGAGAGACUGAUCCAGGUUGAUGUCAAGAUCCAAAUUGUUGAGGUUCCCAAGCAAGUUUGCAUGACCAAAGACAAUGUCAAUGUCGAACUAACGUCGGUCAUCUACUACCACGUCACUUCGCCGCACAAGGCUGCAUUCGGAAUUACCAACCUACGACAGGCCCUUGUCGAGCGGACACAGACAACCCUGCGACACGUCGUCGGUGCGCGCGUCCUGCAAGACAUUAUCGAGCGCCGCGAGGAGAUCGCGACGAGCAUCAGCGAAAUAGUUGAGGAUCUGGCGAGGAGCUGGGGAUGUGAAAUUUCCGCCAUCCUCAUUAAAGAUAUUUACUUUUCUACUGAUCUUCAGAAUUCCUUAUCUAUGGCAGCGCAGAGCAAGCGUAUCGGAGAAAGCAAGAUUAUAGCGGCGAAAGCUGAAGUAGAAUCGGCCCGGCUUAUGCGUCAAGCAGCAGAUAUCUUGUCGUCCGCGCCGGCGAUGCAAAUCAGAUACCUAGAGGCAAUGCAGGCUAUGGCAAAAACAGCGAACUCGAAGGUCAUUUUCCUCCCGGCCGCGAACCAGACGAUGCCAAAUAUCAACAACGCCAUGGCUCACGCAGCUAAACAAUAUGAAAUCGGCGAGUCAAGUGGGACUCAGGACGACGACGGUUUCUCACGGGCGGUCAACGCUCACAUCAUUGAGAAUAUCUAAUGAGGAUAUCUAAUGAGGAUAUCCCCCCCCCCUGAUUUCGAGUUUAUGUCGAAUAUUGUAUUCUGUAUUUUAAUUUCCUAGUUUAUGAUCGACAAUGAGGCUGUAAUGAUGGGGAUUGCUUGUUAUCGGGUGGACAUACCCCACGAAAGAGCCUUGCUGGUUACAGACCAGGCGAAGGACACCAUAUACCCGAAAACGAUAAACUAUGUGAGAAGAUGGUUGAUGUGGCUGAAUGGAACAGGUUGGGCUGAGGAAAGGCGGUUACCGAUACCCAUUAUGGAUACCCAUCGUUCGCUUUUGAGAUACGGUUAUUAUUGCGCCUCUAUUUAUGUAGUUUUUUCCGUGCGGAAGGUUCUGUUACUUGGACCUAAUAAGAAUAUCAGAUUUAGUUGUAUCGA